CUUGCUGCAUUUCAUUUUGAUGUGAUUUCUUUCGUCUUUACGCGUCUCUGGUAGCUGCAGUUAUUCACUUAGUCCAUAGCACAUAGAUGGCAGAAAAGGCUUGUAUUAAACGUCUCCAAAAGGAAUAUAGAGCUCUUUGCAAGGAACCAGUCUCCCAUGUUGUGGCUCGUCCUUCCCCAAAUGACAUUCUCGAGUGGCAUUAUGUGCUGGAAGGUAGUGAUGGAACACCUUUUGCAGGUGGAUACUACUAUGGAAAGAUCAAGUUCCCUCCAGAGUAUCCUUACAAGCCACCCGGAAUUACAAUGACUACACCAAAUGGUCGAUUCAUGACACAAAAGAAAAUAUGUCUGUCUAUGAGUGAUUUUCAUCCUGAAAGCUGGAAUCCAAUGUGGUCCGUUUCAAGCAUACUUACAGGACUUCUCUCAUUUAUGAUGGAUACCAGUCCGACAACUGGAAGUGUGAACACUACUGUAGCUGAGAAACAACGGUUGGCUAAAUCAUCUCUCGCUUUCAAUUGUAAAACGCCAGCAUUCCGGAAGCUAUUUCCAGAGUAUGUAGAGAAGUACAACCAGGAGCAGCUAGCUGAGCAAGCUGAUGCGCAACAGACGACACCAGAGUCUUCUCAAGAGAGCAAUACCAAAGCUGAGUCAGAGAAAGCAGUGGAGCCAAGAAAGGAGGACUCGGAGGGUGGCUUGCAGGAGAGGAGGAAGAACAAGAAACAAGGAUUACCAGCUUGGAUUAUACUGUUGCUAGUGUCGUUUUUCGGUGUUGUAAUGGCGUUGCCUUUGCUUCAACUGUGAUUUCUAUGCAACAAAAAAAAAAACAUAGAAAUGGACGACCCUUGAGAUAAAAUAUCAAGAGUAGUCGUCUUCUGUCUAGUGUCCUUCCUUCUGAGUUUAACUCAAUUUACCCCCUCAUGGUUUGUGCUUGUAAAAGCUGAUGACAUAAGCUUGGUUUCACAUGUUUUAUAUAUAAAUAUAUAGCUUUGUUUGAAC